CCCUCCCACAAAAAACGCUCCUGUCCCAUCCCCCUCCCACAAAAACGCUCCUGUCCCGUCCCCCUCCCACAAAAACGCUCCUGUCCCGCCCCCCUCCCACAAAGACGCUCCUGUCCCUCUCCCACUAAAACGCUCCUGUCCCCCUCCCACAAAAAACGCUCCUGUCCCAUCCCCCUCCCACAAAAACGCUCCUGUCCCGUCCCCCUCCCACAAAAACGCUCCUGUCCCGCCCCCCUCCCACAAAGACGCUCCUGUCCCUCUCCCACUAAAAUGCUCCUGUCCCACGCUCCUCCGUCCCCCUCCCACAAAAAUGCUCCUGUCCCGUCCCCCUCCCACAAAGUGCUCACCCAUCACCCAUCACCCACCACCCAUCACCCAUCACCCAUCACCCAUCACCCGUCACCCAUCACGUGUCACCCAUCACCCAUCACCCACCACCCACCACCCACCACCCAUCACCCAUCACGUGUCUCAUAA